AUGUUACGUUCAAUGGUGGAUGCUACGAGGGAGGAAUGUCUGAAGCGAAGUAGAAGUAAGGUCGAGGGAUAUCAUAAUUCCAUGCUGAAGUUUGGAGCCUCUGACAUUGACAUCAACCGAGUGACUGGCAGUUUGAUUGAAAAGAACAAAAAAUUGGCUAAUUUAUUAUGUGAUAUUGAGCUACUAGAAGAAAAGUUGAAGGGAUUGGAAGAAAAGGAUAUGGAGCAGAAGCUGCUGCAUUUCAGGCAAUUAGGUGGUGACCUCGAAAAAGGAGACUCAAAGGAAAACGCUUCAGCCAGAUAUGAUAUGGAUGGCGUUUUAAAAUUAGGACCGAUAUCAUGGAGCGGUAACCAAAUACAAUCCUAUCGACGAAGAUACAGUCUGCUUGUUGCGCAGUUAAAGAAGUCUUUACGAUUAGUUGAAACGGGUGAAUUCAUUUUGAUUCCUCCAAAAACGCGUGGUCGAAUAGGUCGUCUCGAACUAAAUCAGUUGUUAAAAAAAGUAAACGAAAUUUUUUCGGAUAAAUAUAUAUGUCAAAAACGGCCUCCUCUUGCAUUGAACAAUGCCAAAAAACAGGAACAUGAAAAACUGAGAGGGCGCUGGUAUAUUGCACUGAAUGAGCUCCUUGUUCGAUUCACAUCAAAAGAAAAAAUUUCCUGGAAAUUUGCGCUACCUUGUUUGAUAUAUUUGAAACGACUCGAGGAAUUACGGACAGAUGAUAAUAAUGUUUUCAUUAUAGCCAUUUUAUCCUAA